AUGGCUGUUCUGAUCCAAGUGUCCCUUAUCGUCUUGACAGCUGUCAGUGUCGAUUGUCAGCCAAGAGUCGCACUCCCUGGCCUGGGCACCGUGGUCGGUGAGACAGUGCACUACUCGCGGGCGACGCACCCGGUCCUCGACACGACCGUGGACAUCUUCAGGGGCAUACCGUAUGCCGAGAAGCCGGCCCGGUUUGCUAAGCCCCAGCCCAAGGUCUGGUCGGGCGAGUGGGAUGCCACUAACUUCAAAGACCAGUGCGUUCAACCUUUAAAGAUAGAUGAAACGAGCGAGGACUGCCUGUAUCUGAACAUAUGGGCACCAAGUGUUAAAUCAAAGGAUUCAGCGGUGAUGGUGUUUUUCCACGGUGGAGGUUAUGUUACGGGAGCUGGUGAUAAAUAUAACGGUUUGCCGCUAGUCGCUUAUCAUGACGUCAUCUACGUCUCAUGCAACUACCGACUGAACUCCUUCGGUUUCAUCAGCACAGGGGACCCUGAGUUGCCUGGGAAUUACGGCCUGUGGGAUCAAGUCGAGGCUCUCAAAUGGGUCAAGAAAUACAUAUCAGAAUUUGGAGGUGACCCCAGCAGGAUAACGAUUUUCGGACAGAGUGCUGGCGGUGGAUCAGUUAGUAUGCUGACUUUGGGAACACCAGCAUGGGAGUUUUACAACAGGGCCAUCGCACAGAGUGGUUCUGCCUUAUCUCCUUGGGUUAUCGAGCUGGACCAGGCAAAAGCAAGGCAGGACGCCUUUGAAGUCGGUAGGUACGCGGGUUGUAACGAGAGUCGAUCAAGCGUCGAGCUAGCUACCUGUCUGAGAGAGGUUGAAGUGGCCAGGCUACGGACAGCAACAACACUGGUUAUCGCACAGACACGGAAUGUCAUUCCCUUCGUUCCCGUUGUCGAUGGUGAGUUCAUCACCGACAGUCCCGCCAAUCUCCUCGACAGGGGAGAAUUCAAAAAGAGUCCGUUCAUGACCGGCACGACGAGGGACGAAGGGACGCUACUGGCAGCCAGGGCUUUUCUGCGGAUGCUCAACGACUCUGACCCAUUCGUAAAUCGGACAGAGUUCGAUUUCAAACUAAGCACGUACAUCUACAGCUAUACGAACGAUCUGAUCCUAGACGCAGUCAGGCAGCAGUACGUUGAUUGGGCCACGGCUGACGAUCCGGAGACCAACUUCUUUGAGACGUUUGUUAGCAUUACGACAGACGAACCAUUUGUGUGUCCAACGGACGCAGUGGCGAGGACGUACGCAAAGACAGGCGCUGACACGUACAUGUACCACAUGACGCACGUGCCAUCUGAACGUAACUUCGGUGAACGAGUACCAUGGACCGACAUCGUCGCUCACUCGGACGAGUUACUCUUUGUCUUUGGCUUCGGGUUACUUGCGGGUAGGGAACAGAACAUCACGGCCGAGGAGGUGAACAUGACUGUUGACACCAUGCGAUACUGGACCAACUUUGCAAAAACUGGCAACCCCAACAUGGGGGACCAAGAUCAUGCUGGCAGCGUGGACGACUCCAAGUUGUGGGCGAGAUUCACCAUUCCAGAUCUGUCUUAUAAGGAGUUGGCUCCGGCCAUGGGUGACCAACGAGCGCUUAGAAGUAUCCAGUGUCAUUUCUGGAACGACUACCUUCCUCAACUCGUGGCAUUGGCCGCGGAAAUGGAGGAAGCACAGUGGAAGUGGCGGGAGGAAUUCUAUAAUUGGCGGGAAAAUGACAUGGCAGUUUGGCGCCAAGCCUACGCCGAGUACACAAAAAUGAUGGAAGGAGGAAUCGUGUAA